AUGCUUAGUAAAUGGAGAAAAGCAACAGAAUUUUUACGUGAAAUACUUAAAUUACAUGAAGAUUCUAAUGAAGCAUGGUAUUUAUUAGGUUUAGCAUAUCGGAAAUCACGAUUAUAUGAUCAAGCAAAAUAUGCAAUUCAAAAGGCACUUAGUAAAUCACCGGAUUAUAAAGAUGCUGCUAAUGAAUUACGAAUAAUUCAAACUUUACAAUCCGAGAAAAUUAAUGAUCGUUUUAAUGUUUAUAAUCGUAUGACAACGAGUGAUGCACGCCAUAAUGAAAAUUCUCCAAAUUUUAAUAUACUAUGUAUUGAUGGAGGUGGCAUUCGAGGAUUAAUGCCAGCAGUAUGGUUAGCUGAAAUUGAACGUCGUACAAAUCGUUCAUCAGCAUCGAUGUUUCAUAUGAUGACUGGGACAUCAACAGGUGCUAUAAUUGCAGCUGGUUUAUCUACUCCAGAUUGUGAUGAUGUUUCUAAACCUCGUUAUCGAGCUGCUGAUAUUGUCAAACUCUAUGUUGCUGAUUCAGGUGAAGUUUUUAAAAAACCAUUAGGAGCAUUUUAUAAUAUACGACGUUACCUAUCACAAGAAGCGAAAUAUAUUGAUGAUAGUCGUCAGAAAUUAUUUGGAAAAUAUUUUGAUCAUACACUUUUAUCACAAGUAUUAUCUGAAUUAGUUAUACCAACUGUAAAAAAUGAUAAACAACUCACACAUUUAUUUAAUCGUUAUGAUUGUCGUAAUAAUCAUGCAAAAGAUUAUCAAUUACAAGAUAUUCUUAUGUGUACAACAACAGCACCAACUUAUUUUCAACCUUAUAAAAUGGAUGAUUGUCAAUAUAUUGAUGGUGGUGUUCAAAUGAAUAAUCCAGUUAUGGCUGCUUAUGAUGAAGCGAUACGAUAUGGACAAUCAAAAGAUAAUCUAUUUAUCUUAUCACUUGGUACGGGUGAUUAUGUGCCAAAUCCAUUACAUCCAAAUGCUAGUCGACAUUUAUUAUUUUAUGCAAUGAAUACUCAAUCUGUCUUAAAUAUUAUCUUUGAUGGGCCACAAUAUAAUAUGGAUGCUCAUAUGUUAUCUGUUUUAGAUAAAAAGAAAUAUUAA